CAAAAAGAAAUCUGCCUAACGUCCCUUGGUUUGACCAAUAUUUGAAAUAAUGCUAACUAUAAACAAAAUGUAUAGCAACAUUUGAACUGAAGCUUUCUAAUCUCUUUUAGAUAUCCGACUGCAAAAACAGGAGAAACCAGAGUGGAGCCAAAGUGCGGCUGGAGCCAAGCGCCUGUCAGAAUGAACCAAGUCAAGAAAAAAGAGAAAUGUCAGACGUGUACACCUGUUCCCCAGGUGUGCCCCGUGUAUACACAUGUUUACCAGCAAACCAGCCACAGGAUGUAUCAAGGUCCCACCAACUUUAUGCUCAGGGGGGGACAGAACGUGCCAUCGGAGUCCAUGACCAGGACACCUGAUCCUCGUGCAACCACCCCUCAAUACUACAGUGUGGUGGACUGCAUGCAUCGAUUUCGUAUGGCCCAGUUACCAGGCACUGCAGGUGACCUGACUGCCUGCCAGCUGCGUAACCCCAGCUCCAGCCUCCCACAGGGGAUGGCAGGGGUCAGCACUCAUAGCAACCCCAAAGCCACAGAGGACAACUUACAAAAGAGGGAGCUCCGCUUGAUGAAGAACAGGGAAGCAGCCCGGGAGUGUCGACGAAAGAAGAAAGAAUAUGUCAGAUGCCUCGAAAACCGUGUGGCCGUGCUCGAAAAUCAAAACAAGACUCUGAUUGAGGAGCUCAGAGCCUUAAAAGACAUCUAUGGACACAAAGUUGAGUGAUUCCUGUAACUGGAAGAGCCAGGAUUGUAUGUGCGGACUGUGUUUGUGGACUCUGGUUUUGCUUAUGC